UGAUAUUAGAACGAUAUAAAACAGAAGAGCGUUAACAAACUCCAAUUGCUUAGGUAUUAUUCUGCUAACCAAUAGUAAUACUUAUUAUUAUUUAGUAUUUAAACACUUUAUAAGCCGCACAUCUAGCCGCGCUAUCUCCUACGGGUUGAACAAGGAUUUUCAUUCGAAACAUGAGCCAGAUGAAGCCGAUUAAGAAAGUGGGCAUCAUCGGGGUUCCUUUCGAGAAGGGCCAGAAGAAGUAUGGCGUGAGCGUUGCCCCUGCGGCAAUGAGGUACGCUGGCUUGCUUCACAAACUCAAAGAAAUUGAUGGUCUGGAUGUUAAGGACUACGGGGACGUCAACACCCACGCGGACAUCGAAGUUAGCCAAAAAGCAAUGAACAAUAUAGAAAACAUGUCAGACCUAGCGCUGGUGUCAGCAUGCAACAAGCGGCUCUCUGAGAAAGUCUCGCAAGUGCUUCGAGACGAAAGAAUAGCGGUGACUAUUGGUGGUGAUCAUUCUAUUGGAGUCGGUACGGUGGAUGGCCACUACAGUGUAAAUGAGGAUAUGAUUCUAAUAUGGGUGGAUGCACACGCCGACUUGAAUACCAACAAGACGUCAGGCUCAGGGUCUGUCCACGGCAUGCCAGUAGCUCUCCUAGUCAAGGAACUCUCGGACUACUGGCCGUAUCUUCCUACGAUGGACUGGCAAGUGCCAAAAUUUUCAAUCAAAAGCCUCGGUUACAUCGGCUUGCGGUCCGUAGACAGCUACGAGAGGUUGGCGAUAGAAAAAUACAACGUCCCCACAUUUGCAAUGGAAGAUAUUGACAAGCACGGAAUAGUGAACUCCAUACAGCACGUGCUGCAAGUGCUGGACCCGGAGCAGAAGCGCCCCAUCCAUGUCAGCUUCGACAUCGACGCGCUGGACGCGCUUGAGGCUCCCAGCACCGGGACUCCAGUGCGCGGCGGACUCACGCUUCGUGAGGGCAUCACAUUGAUGGAGCUCAUACACGCGACGGGGCGGCUGCGCGCCGUGGACCUCGUGGAAAUCAACCCGGCGCUGGGCAGCGGCGCCGACCGCGACCGCACGCUCGAGGCUGGCGUUGCGGUGCUGCGCGCCGCGCUAGGCUUCUCCAGGCGCGGCACCGCGCCCCGGGACAAGCUUGACCUGCCCAUACAAACCCCAGCACCCCACAAGUAAAAGUCGUGCCCUAAACUAUUAAAAACAUGCCAAUCCAGUGCACUCACCUAUAUAACGUUUAAGCGUAAAAUUGAAGUAAUUUUAAGUUUUAUUUUCCGAUCCCGGACCCAUUGCGGGGCCUCAUUUAUAUGUUGACUAACUAUGCCGACUACGAAGUAAAAAAAACAUUAAAGUCACAAAUAUAUUUUCUCUGUUAUUGGAUUUUACGAAUUCAAAAUAUUUGUUCGGACAUCGUACAACGCAAUUUUUUCGACUGAUCUGAACGGUAAUUAACUGAGGAACUGAAGAAUAUUUAAUUUGAAAAAAAAUUAAAUAUAAUUACAAUAAUGACGCUUUUUCCUUAACCAUUAUUUAUUUGGAAGCUACGCACAUCUUUGUUGUCUUUCAUUUCCCUAAUCGCUUAGGUAUACUGCACAAAUCGAGAAUAAUAAUAUGGUUUAUGAUGUAUUAAGUAGUAAGUUUGGUAUAGGUACAUUUAACAUUUGGAGUUAUAGGUAACAUACAAGAAUUACCAUUUUUGCACUGAAAAUUAGUACGAGAGUUGUUAGCUGCUCCGGCUUUACUAAUGCGAUUAGGUAAUGGAAAAGUCGCCACUGCUGACUGAUAUGGUGUUCAUUAUUGGCGGGGUGCCGACAAUAAGGUACCUAGUUUAACCUACUAACAAUGUUUUUGACUUGUUCUCCUUUUCUGUUUAAUUUUCAUUGUCAAUCGUAAACCGUAGCCGUAGGUACCUACUCGCAGAUGGCAAAGAUAGGUAGGUACGGGCCCAGUUUGGUCUCUCACGUAUAGUGUACUGGGUGCCUAGCCAAAAUGCCAAUCGUUUACGCUCCGUAGCGAACGAAACGCCACUCUGUCGUACUAAUAGAGUGAUAGAGAGAAAGAGAUAACCGUAUCGUUCGCUACGGAGCGAACGAUUGGAAUCUUGAUAUUGUAAAACCAGUUCUGUGAAAAAAAAACAUUUUGUAUUUUAGGUUGCAUUAAGGUAUUAGGUACCUAUUUAUUUAUGGAAUAAUUGUAUACAUUAUUAUACCAAUUAAAAUACCUGCCUAUACCAGGUACAGUCAUUAUCAAAUAGAUAGUGACGGCGUUCUAUGGUAACAAAUGUGUGUUCGGCCUUACGAUAUAUUUAUCCACGUUCGCCGUCACUAUAUACUUGAUGCCGGCUGUAGGUACUAGUGACAUACAUCUAAAUGAAGUAACCGCAAAUCGCCGUGUCUCUUGCGAUAACCCUAUAUAUCAAAUAAUAUAUGUACCUACAUUAUUAUAUUAUCUAAUUCCAUACUAAUACAACUAUAACCUCCAAGAAAUCGGUAAAUUGGCGUAACGGGCCGAAUAGCAGUGGGUAAUAGAAUUUCCUUGAUUGAAUAGAAGGUACCUACUGUAGCGACUUAUCGGUUUCCAAUUAUAUUACGUAAACAGGUGCUUUGUGCACGCUCCGUCAUACCCUGUGUAUAU